AGGCGAAGCCGCCACCGCCCCUCCUCCGCCGCGCCGCUCCGGCUGGGGGCUCGCCGGGCGGGAGAGUUUCGGUAGCCGGGCGGGAGAUGCCGCGCGGGCUCCUUCUCCUCACAGAUCUGCAACCAACAUAAUGCUGAAGCUCCCAACUCAGAACAAGCAUUUCACAGAAUGGCACAAACAGAACCUAAUCUGGACCAUGACGUAUCAUGGUUCCUGCUUCCAUCAUACUGGGCUAAAAUGGUUGUGGCAUUAAUUUCCUUCCUCUGUUUUGCUAACAGCUAUGAUGGAGAUUUUGUCUUUGAUGAUUCUGAAGCCAUCAUCAAUAAUAAGGACCUCAGGGCAGAAACCCCACUUGGUGACCUGUGGCAUCAUGACUUUUGGGGUAGCAAACUCAGCAGCAAUACCAGUCAUAAGUCAUAUCGACCACUAACUGUCCUAACUUUCAGAAUUAAUUACCUUUUUGCUGGAGGCUUCUAUCCAGUUGGUUUCCAUGUCAUCAAUAUAAUACUGCAUUGUACUAUCUCAGUGUUGAUGGUUGAUGUGUUCUCGAUAUUAUUGGGUGGACUGCAAUUCAGUAAUAAAGGAAGAAGGCUAAACCUGGCUCCAAAGACAUCUCUUCUAGCUGCUUUGCUGUUUGCUGUACAUCCAGUGCACACUGAAUGUGUUGCUGGGAUUGUUGGCAGAGCAGACCUACUGUGUGCCCUGUUCUUUUUGUUGUCAUUCCUUGGCUACUGUAAAGCAUUUAGAGAAAAUAAGGAAGGACAUAAUUUUUCUAUAUUCUGGGUGCUGGUGAGUGUUAUCCUAGGUGCAAUAGCCAUGCUGUGCAAAGAACAAGGAAUUACAAUACUGGGUUUGAAUGCAGUGUUUGAUGCACUGGUGAUAAACAAGCUAAAUGUUUUGGAGCUUAUUCAAAAGUUACUACAUAAGGACAAGUCAUUGGAGAAUGCUGUGCUGUUAAGAAAGGGGCUGCUUUUCAGGAUUACUCUUCUGAUGUCUGGAGGGGCCAGUAUACUUUAUAUACGCUGGAGGAUUAUGGGCACAGGGCCACCGGCUUUCACUGAAGUAGACAACCCAGCCUCAUUUGCAGACAGUCUGUUUGUGAGAGCUAUAAACUAUAAUUACUACUAUUCCUUGAAUGCAUGGUUGCUGUUGUGUCCCUGGUGGCUCUGUUUUGAUUGGUCAAUGGGCUGCAUACCCCUCAUUAAAUCCGUCAGUGACUGGAGGAUAAUUGCACUAGCAGCACUCUGGUUCUGCCUAAUUGGUCUGAUAUGCCAAGCUCUGUGCUCAGAAGACAGCCAUAAGAGAAGAAUUCUUACACUGGGACUUGGAUUUCUUAUUAUCCCUUUUCUUCCUGCAAGUAAUCUGUUCUUCCGAGUAGGAUUUGUUAUUGCAGAGAGAGUCAUCUACCUCCCCAGUAUCGGAUAUUGUAUUCUGUUUACAUAUGGAUUUAGUCUCUUGAGUAAGCAAGCCAAGAAAAAGAAAAUUCUUGCUGUGGCAGUACUUGGAAUCUUGUUGAUAAAUGUUAUGCGCUGUGCACUCCGCAGCAGUCAGUGGAGGUCAGAAGAACAGCUUUUUAGGAGUGCACUGUCAGUGUGCCCUCUGAAUGCAAAAGUGCACUACAAUGUUGGCAAAAACCUGGCUGACAAAGGAAAUCAAAGUGCUGCAAUCAAAUACUACAGAGAAGCUGUAAGGUUGAAUCCUAAAUAUGUACAUGCCAUGAACAACCUUGGAAAUAUCCUGAAAGAAAGAAAUGAGCUCCAAGAAGCAGAGGAGUUGCUGUCCUUAGCUGUACAAAUACAACCUGAUUUUGCUGCUGCAUGGAUGAAUCUAGGAAUAGUACAGAACAGUUUAAGAAGGUUUGAAGAGGCAGAGCAAAGCUACUGGACAGCAAUUAAACACAGGAAAAAAUAUCCAGAUUGUUACUACAAUUUAGGGCGGUUGUAUGCAGAUUUGAAUCGCCAUGUAGAUGCAUUGAAUGCAUGGAGGAAUGCUACAGUUCUGAAACCAGAGCAUAGUUUGGCUUGGAACAACAUGAUUAUAUUGCUUGAUAACACAGGCAAUCUAGCUCAAGCAGAAGCAGUUGGAAGAGAGGCCCUGGAAUUAAUACCUAAUGAUCAUUCCCUCAUGUUUUCAUUGGCAAAUGUACUGGGGAAAUCGCAAAAAUACAAGGAAUCUGAAGCUUUGUUCCUCAAGGCAAUUAAAGCCAAUCCAAAUGCUGCCAGUUAUCAUGGUAAUUUGGCUGUGCUUUAUCAUCGCUGGGGAAAUCUUGACUUAGCAAAGAAGCACUAUGAAGUCUCUCUGAAGCUUGAUCCUAUGGCACCUGGGACCAAGGAAAACUACAACCUCUUAAGACGAAAACUGGAGCAAUUGCAAAAGAAAGGCAGUGCCUGAUGUUUCUUUUCAGGUUGUCCGUGCAUGCUGUUUACGAUUAAUGUUACAUGGGUACUUUUGGCCAUGUAAAGGAUUCAGUCAUUAUUUCUCAAAAAUAAUACCACCAGCAGCACUGCACGCUUGAAUGUCCAAUUAUGCCCUCCCACAGAUCCCAACAUUUCAGCUUGAGGGUUCAUUUUAUUUUUACUCUUGAACUGCUUUUAAAGUCCCUUAGAACAUUUUUAUAGGUAUAUGAAAGCAAUGCAGGUGGAAUUUCACAGCUUUCACUUGUAAUUUGAUAUCUUCAUCUGACUUUUUAGUAGCAGGAUGGGUAUCAGAAGGCAGUUUUAUUUCUGAAAGUGAUUCUUAAAAAAGUGCAAUUUCCUGUUUAAAUCCUGAUCUUUUUAAGUAUGAAGAAUAUCUAUCCACUUCAGUUUUAUUACUGCCUUCUACUGCCUGUCCUGCAGAGCCAGUAGAAGAAUGGAUUCUCUGCAGCACGUCAGUCUACUCAUGUAAUUUGGGUUAUGCCCUUGUCCUUGUUUCUGGCUCCAUCCUGUGAAGUGUCAGAUUUGUACAGGAGUAAAUGAGGACAAGGAUUUGACCAUAUAUGUUUGUCAGCCAGUGUACUGCUUGAGGUAUGCUUGAGUGGAGCAAAUACUCCUAGAUUAAGACAGAGAUUUUAGCAAUCAGCAAAGGGAGAAGAAGUGUGAGGCGAUAGAGGAGUCAGCUAGAGUUUCUGUUCUUGCAGGCAGCCUCAUCUACCAUAGACAACUUGGGCAACAAGUCAGAAUUGCUUUAGCUCCUGCAGCAGGUCAUUGGUCUGAGUACAGUGUAGCAUCUACAGGAGCUAAUUCCUGUGUUCUCAGGCAUUUCAGUGCUUUCUGGUUAAGGACAUUACACCUUUCAGCUCCAAUAGUGUUGGUGAAUAAGGAGAGAAUUUCUGUGAAAAAGUAACUGGGCAGAGGACCUGACCUUGGCUGUUCAUGUAUUAACUGGAAGGAACUCAACUUCACCUUUGUCUCCUGUGGCUCAUGUGUUUGCUGAAGUGGCAGUUAAAUAAGCAUAGCUGUUAAUACAUAAACUGAUCACAUUGACGUGGGAUGAUUCAGAUACAAUGUCACUUUUCAAAAUAUGCUAUGCUUUAAUACAUGUUUAGACUCUGGCUGUCCAGAGUUGUUUUUCUUGUGCUAAUAUUUACAUUCCUGCUUCAGGAAGUAGUCACAUGUCUAUUUAUUUGUUGGGGUUUUUUGUUGUGUGGGGGUUUUUUUUUAAAUUGGAAAAUUGCUAUUGGAUGUGAAAACUGAGGAACUUUACCUCUCUUUUCAUAUUCCUUUAUUCUUUCCGACUGUGUCCCCCAAUUGAUCAGUGCAGUAUUUGCAGCUUUCCUAAUUUGUCCAAUGAUUAUUGUAUGGGAGAUUGUGUAAUGUUCUCCAUACACAACUCAUUGAUGUGUGGAACCAUUUAAAGUGUCGGGGGAAUGCCUGCCAUAGGACAGGAUGUUGCAUGACCUUGCCAUCUGACCACCCUGUAACCCUUCUACACCUAUACUAUGUUUUGAACCUAUAAGAGGCUAGUUUUACAUUAUAAAUUUGCUUGGAAAUGACAGUUGUUUCAAGAACCAAGUGUGUCUACAGAGCACAUUGCAAUACUGCAGAGCUACCAAAGCAUCCUCUGACAAAGCUAGUUUGGGUAGUACAAGUAGUGUGGCUACUUUAAUGUAAUGUUCUUGCCAGACUAUAACUGUAAAUCUAGCCAGCAAGGCUGUGGCAGUGUGGUGCUGUCCACAGAUUUGGCUUUGGAUGAAUUAAUAUGCCUACUUUAUAUAGGGUGUUGCCAUACUGAUUUUAGUUGAGGUACCAGCGGCACAUCUUUGUGCUAGUGCAGUGGUCCUCUCCUGCAAAUACAGCCUUUUUCUCAGCAGGACAAAUUAGUUCUGAUAGGGUACUAAGUUGAUGCAAUUGUUUCCAUUUCUUCUGGUUUCUGGACAAAAUCUUCAGAAACUAGUUUCUGAAUAUAUUUGCAGGAUAUAAACAUGCUCUUUGAUAAGUAUCUGUACUGAUCCAGCAGAACACUGGACCAGUAUGGCUAGUCAUCUUCUGAUAACCAGCAUAGUUUAGUCAGUACCAACUUUUGUAUCGGAAACAUGCUGAAAUAGAUACACCCUUCGGUACAAACAGCAGACUUUUUAAGGCUUUCCAUACAUAGCCUAUUAUUCAUCAGAUAUAGAGAACACUUAGCUACGUCAGUCAUGAGGUAUGAAAGAGUUGGGAUCUGGCUGGAUGAGCUAGUUUAUAGCAGAAGAUAAAUGUGUUUAAUAUAAUCAGGUCUUUUCUGUAUAUUUGGAAUAUGACAUACUGAGUUUAAAUUAUUAUUCUCAUCAUGAAGUUCACAUGCAUCGUUUUCCCUGUUGCCUGCCAUAUUAGCUUUACAGAAAUCCGCUAGAUCAAUACUAUAUAUGGAGUAUGAAUUCUCUCUAGGUCAUUAUAAACCAAAGUUGUUGUAGGAAUUCCUGUGUGGAAGUCAGUUUGUCCUAUUCAAGAAUCUUAGAUGGAAGAGACAUGCCAACAAAUUGGAUGUUUUGUUGGUAUUUGAAAAUGGUGUUUACUCUUCAAUACAGACAACAUAACUUCUUCUUGAUUAGUUUUCUGGCUACCUGUAUAUAUUUUGUGAAGGUUUAUUUGUUUUGUAUCAUUUUCAGUGCUACAGAAAUUCAAUGUGAUUACUUGUAUGAUGGUAAUAAGAAGGAUACACUUAUGUUGAGCGUAAUGUUGAGGCAGAAUUGGGUUCAAAAGAAGCAACAAACAAGACAGCUUUUUUAAUAAAAAAUUCCUUAAGACUUUCAAGAAUGUUAAAUAUUUUUUUACUUUAUUUUCCGAAAUACUUUGAGAGUGCAAAUAAUGCAGUGAGUUUUAUUAAAAUGGUUAUAAUGUUAACCUUUUGCUUGUUUUUUCAUACCUCAUAACUAAUUCCUGGAAUAGUACAGAACACCCAACCUGGAAGAGAGAAGGGUGAAGAAAAAGUGGUUUUGUACCUAACUGUUGUUACAAACGUUGUCUGGCUUUCCAGCGUGAUGGAUUUUUUUCCCCACGUUACUUUUCUACCAUUGCUAAUUACAGAAGAUUAAAUUUUCCUGCUUAUCAGAUGGCCUGCUUGAUUCUGUAGUGAAAUUAAGAAACCUGGAUACAUUUUUUUUUUUCCAAAGAUUGCUUGUUCAAAUACAGUUCUGAGGAGAGAAUUACAGAAUGAUUCAAUGCACAGAAUGGAGUCAGAAAAAUAUUCACAAUGACUGCUACGGGUGACAGUCUCUUUUCACCAAAAACUUCCAAGGGAGUUCCCUAACUGUAUGUUUCUCUCAUGUUUAGACCAAUGCCAUGUGCAUGCAUUUUCCUGUUACUUAAUUUCAUACUUAAGAUUUAAAUUUUAGAGACGUGGGUUGCGUGUGUGUGUUUAUGAGCACUCCAGAAAUAAAAAUCUUCAAUACUUUUGAAUGUUUUGUUAAAAAUACUGGGCUUAUUCACUGGGAACUUCUUUCCUUCAUAUUUGAGAUACCUGCAUCUGAGCUAUUUGUCCUAGUUUCUCUGUAUAGUCACUGGGGAAAAAAACAGGUAAUCUGAAACAUGAUUCAUCGCCUAAAGAAAGCACCUUUAGGAUGUGAGGUAUCGUGUACUUGAAGCAGGUAUUCCUCUUCGCUAACUUCAAAGGGUAACUAAGGUGAUCAGCUCAUAUAUAUGAAGAAAAUCUCACUGCUGCUUUCAGUUUUAAGUAAUCGGGUCCCAUACUCCUCUAUCAUUCUUGUAUGUUAUCUGCACCAAGAAUAUUAAAAGACUGGCAUAGAAGCAAAUUGGCGGGUACUUGCCCUGAGAGUCAGAGAGUUACAGUAGCUGGAUGAGCGAGUGGGAUGAGACAAGAGAGCUUUGGUUUCUGCGGGUAGUUAAAUUUAUAUGGCUGAUAAAGCAUCCAAAUGUCAAAUCUCUGCCUACAGAAACAGAAUGUUCAGGUCAUUUGAUCCAUUGUUAGCUUGUCUAUGAUCAGAAUAACUGGUAACAACUUGGUAUUGAAUUGACUUUUGGAGUCCUUCACUUUGUUUUAAAAGCAAUCUAAAGCAACUGUAAAUUUGCAAAGGUGAGAUUUUUUUCUUAAAUUGAAGUUGCUAUUUCAAGCUCUAGCUGUUAGAAUGUUAAGUGUGAUAGCAUAGCCUGUUUCUAUAUGGUGGGAUUUUUUUUAGUUUAAAUAUCUUUAUAUUUAUUUGCUGGUUCCUGCUUGUGUUCCACAUUUCAUGUGAGCAUAGGUACAUUUACAUACCUAUCAUUACGUGUAGAUUCCCACGUGAUUCUCGAUUUGCCCUUUCACUGCAUAGUGCUUCCUUCCACAGCUCUUGAUACGUCUCUUACCAAGUACGUGUUUAUGAGGGCAUGGUUAACUGGACAAAGACUAAAAGUUGCUAGAAACAAAAGUGAGAUCACAGGGUUGGAUUUCUGUGACGUGAAUGCUGAGGGAGCCAAAUGUCUGUCAUGUACCACCAUGAGCAGCAGGUACCACUAGUAACGGCCACUUCAGACUGCGUGCUGGGCCCCACGAUGAUGUGAAGCGGUUGUACGUAGGUGUGAUGUUAUAAACACAGCAACUGGGAUCCGAUGCUUUAAGGAAAAAGGACCACACAGCCGCUCCGAAGAAGAGGAUGCGCGUAGCUGCGUGGGCUCUUGAGCACUGGAGGACUGAUGACCUUCGUAUUGGAAAGCUGCGCUGCGGUGUUGUGGCAUGGGUGUUCGGGGUGUGUCAGUGACGAUACGUCGAGUGGUUCAGGGCUUUUUAAAAUAAGUAUUUUUGUUAGAAAAAAAUCCCUACAGAUACUGAAGUUGGUAGCUUGUGAUUGCAGAGUUGAACAGUUUUUUAAUGUAGUGUUGAAUCAUUUAGAUUGCCAAUGGUACGUUCCAGUUUGUUUUCAGCUGAGCAGGAAGUAAAUACAUUUGUAAUGGAGCCGUGUAAUAAAUCUGCAUUUUGCUAUCUUUUUGCAUA